GUUUUGACGAUAUUUCCCAGUUUUUCGAUGCCACAUUGAGCUUAAUGUAGUUUCAGUGCACAGGUAAUAUACAAAUAAAUAUGUAUUUGGCAGUCACUUUGUUCCGGAUGUCGUGUCUGGUGCAACGCUGCUUAAUUAGCCUGGCUAGCGUUAGCUCCCCUUGUGCCCCACCGAACUGAUUACAACAUGGCGAAAUUAGCUAGUCGCUAGCUUGAGUGGUUCGGACUGGUCUUUGUAUUGACCGAUAAGUCGUGUUUCAUCAACCCACUCGCAUUAGAUCACAGACACAUCGCAACGUCUUGCCUCCUAUGUAACUAGUACAAUGUUUGAAAAGGGCGUACGAUCAUGUAUUAAUAGCUAACGUUGGUUCAGACAUAACACGACGGAGCUCGUAGCUAACCCAGGCUAUUUAGCAACCCUGGUAACGUUAGCUAAGUUAGCACACUUAGUACAACUGUUCGCUAACGUUGCUUCAAUUCUGGCUUUAGUUAUUCAGUUAGCGUUAUAAGAUGGCUUAAAAUGGAGAACUCGCAGUGUUGACUGGUUUAGAUAGCAGUAGAUUAGCGUCAAUCUGUAAAGUAAGCGUUUAACGUCAACAUUUAACAUUAGCGGUAAUGUUAAUAUUGUUCGUUAAUCACUGGCUGAUUGACUCAGCUCCUGAUUCUCCGAAACAGUGCAAAUGCCUUCUUCGCUCUCCACGAAAACAAUCUUCUUAAUGUGACGAUACCAUAACUGAUGAGCUACGUUCUUAUAAUUCUGUUAGUCGCAGCAGCUGUUUGGUUCUUGCUUAUUUAGUUCCGCCUAUCAACACGCCCUUGUCCCUGUAAUAAAUAUCGACCUCCACAGCUCACGGGGGCCAAUUUUCUGCAUCUCUCUCCCUGCUGCUGCCGCCGCCUAUUCCCCGGACCGCGUUGCCCAUCCCGUCUCCUUCACUCUCAAAAGACCAUGGAGACAGAAAUUGAACAGCAAGACGAUACUUCAUUCGGCAACACAGAGACAAACGGUAAGCGCCCUGCUGAGGAUGCAGAUGACCAGAAAUCAUUCAAGCGCUCCAGGAACUCAGACGAGAUGGUUGAGCUUCGCAUCCUCCUGCAGAGCAAAAAUGCAGGAGCGGUGAUUGGGAAGGGUGGCAAAAACAUCAAAGCCCUCCGUACAGACUUCAAUGCCAGUGUGUCAGUCCCAGACAGCAGUGGGCCUGAGCGCAUCCUGAGCAUCAGUGCUGACAUCGAGACAGUUGGAGAAAUCCUGCUGAAGAUCAUCCCAACAUUGGAAGAGUACCAGCAGUACAAUGGUAUGGAUUUUGACUGUGAGCUGCGCCUCCUGAUCCAUCAGAGCCUGGCUGGCUCGAUCAUUGGAGUGAAGGGAGCCAAGAUCAAGGAGCUCAGAGAGAACACAAAGACCAGCAUCAAGCUGUUUCAGGAGUGUUGUCCUCAGUCAACAGACCGUGUGGUGCUGGUCGGCGGUAAAACUGAGAGAGUGGUCGAGUGUAUCAAGACGAUGCUGGAGCUUAUCGCUGAAGCUCCCAUAAAGGGCCGUGCGCAGCCCUACGACCCCAACUUCUACGACGAAACGUAUGAAUAUGGUGGUUUCACCGUAAUGUUUGAAGAGAGGGGAGGAGGUCGCAGGCUGAUGGGAGGGUUCCCCAUGCGUGGGAGCAGGUCCAGCGGUGGAGACCGUGGGUUUGAACGAAUGCCCUCUAGCAGAGGGGGGCGGGGACCCAUGCCUCCUUCUCGCCGUGAUUACGAUGAGAUAAGCCCCCGCCGAGGCCCUCCUCCACCCCACCCGAGUAGGGCUGUCAGGGGGAGCGGGCGUGGACGCAGCAUGCCUAUGGGACACCCACACAGAGGAGGAGAAGAUCGUUACUAUGACUCGUACCGUGGCUCAGAGGACAGGUCCAAUGACAGAAGAGGCAGACCGGAUCGCUACAGUGAUAACAUGAGUGGAGGAGGAUAUGACAACACUUCCUCCUGGGAUAGCUACCAGUCAGGCGGACGUGGCUCCUAUAAUGACAUGGGUGGCCCCGUCAUUACCACACAAGUGACGAUCCCUAAAGAUCUGGCUGGCUCCAUCAUUGGUAAGGGAGGCCAGCGGAUCAAACAGAUCCGCCACGAGUCAGGAGCCUCAAUCAAGAUCGAUGAGCCUCUGGAAGGUUCUGAGGACCGAAUAAUCACAAUUACUGGCACCCAGGAUCAGAUCCAGAACGCCCAGUACCUUCUACAGAACAGUGUGAAGCAGUACUCUGGUCAUUUGCUGUAGACCCAGGAGACUCAGAUUGAAGCAGACUCAGAUUGCCCCCCCCCCUCCCCCCUGCCCCCUUUCCAACACAUCCCCUUCAGACUAUUAUUCUGGAUUGUGGGUGUCUUUUGAAUUUAUUUUUGUAUUUUUUAAUGAAACAUAUGUCCAACAUUCCUGUGCAUAAAAGAAAAUGUAGAUGCGCCGCAUUUUAAGAGUGUGGUCAUUAGUUUAUCUCAUACACUUUGCUUUUUUUGUUUUUUAACAUUCACAUCUAUCAAAUUAUUCUUCAGUCUCCUGACAGACAAAAAUAAACCUUCAUUUUUUGAUGGUUUUGAUUUUAUGACCUGUAUAUGUAUGCUUGUGUCUCCGGUUUAAAUCUGUCGUGUGUGUGUGUGUGUGUGCGCACGUGCUUGGGUUGGGUGUGCUUUCGCUUCUCUAUCGGUCCCUUCACACACAUUUGUACCACAUUACCACUCUGUGCAACUUGCAGAAUGUAAGCUACAAUUCUUUUAAUUUUGAACCGUUUGUUUUUAUUUUAGAGAUGUGGGAAAUUUCACCCUUCAGAAUGGAUUUGGGGAUGUUUAAGUUGGGACUCUUGUUCAAACCAGAUACAGAAGAAUUUGUAAGAAUAUCCAUGGUAGUUGUGUGAUGACAUCAAUUCGAAUAAUUUCAAUACCUCUUCACAAAUGGAAAUGUGUAGCUAGACAUUUGUUUUGACAUUUUAUUCGAGUUUUGACAAAUGAUAUUGAAUGCAUCUAUUUUGUCCCUGCAAUUUCCUGUGCUCUACACUUGUUUGCUCUCCAUGCUGUAGACUUCACAUUGUCAAAUUGUAAAAUGAAUAAAGAUGGUGCCACUUUUUACUGAA